UCCCGCGCGGGCGGCCAUCCCGGGGGAGGCUCCGUCUCCGCUGGAUGGCGCCAGUUCCGGCCCGCCGUGCGGGGCUGCGGGCUCGGCUGGGCCCGGCCUGGAGCGUGCCGAUGCCCGCAGCGAGCGGAGCCCUUCUCUUGCCAUGCACCAGAGGCUAAGUCUUGAAAACAUGAUUCCUGCAACUGUUGACACUGUCCUGAGUGCUCUGUAUUUAUGCUGCCACAGAAAGAACUGGUUACAGUCGGAGAAGAAACCCUAAGGACUCAAAUGCGCUUGCAGCUAAAGUAUCCUCAUCAUGAAUAGGUACACAACUAUCAGACAGCUUGGUGAUGGGACCUACGGCUCUGUCCUCCUAGGGAGAAGCAUUGAAUCUGGGGAGCUAAUAGCCAUUAAAAAAAUGAAGAGAAAGUUUUAUUCCUGGGAGGAAUGCAUGAACCUUCGGGAGGUUAAGUCUUUGAAGAAACUAAACCAUGCCAAUGUAGUGAAGCUCAAAGAAGUUAUCAGGGAAAAUGAUCAUCUGUAUUUUGUGUUUGAGUACAUGAAGGAAAAUCUUUAUCAGUUAAUGAAAGAAAGAAACAAACUGUUUCCUGAGGCCACAGUUAGGAAUAUUAUGUAUCAGAUCCUACAAGGGCUUGCAUUUAUCCAUAAACAUGGAUUCUUUCAUAGAGACUUGAAACCUGAAAACCUCCUUUGUAUGGGACCAGAGCUUGUGAAAAUAGCAGACUUUGGCUUAGCCCGAGAAAUCCGAUCGAGACCUCCUUACACCGAUUAUGUAUCCACAAGAUGGUACAGGGCUCCUGAAGUCCUUCUGAGAUCCACUAGCUAUAGCUCUCCAAUAGAUAUUUGGGCUGUCGGUUGUAUAAUGGCAGAAGUUUACACACUGAGGCCUCUCUUCCCAGGCGCCAGUGAAAUUGAUACAAUAUUCAAAAUUUGUCAAGUGUUGGGGACACCAAAGAAGAAUGACUGGCCUGAAGGCUACCAACUUUCAUCGUCCAUGAAUUUUCGCUGGCCUCAGUGUGUACCUAACAAUCUAAAAACCCUUAUACCUAAUGCUAGCAGUGAAGCAGUGCAACUCAUGAGAGACAUGCUGCAGUGGGAUCCCAAAAAGCGGCCAACAGCUAGCCAGGCGCUUCGAUAUCCAUACUUCCAGGUUGGACAUGCCCUAGGCCUUCAGGAACUGACAAGACAAAAGGAACUCCAUGAUAAAUCAUCUCUGCAGAUUAAGCCUGUCCCUCCAGCACAACCUCCUUCAAAAUCCCACGCCCGCAUUUCUUCACGGCCAUUUCAGCAAAGCCAGACUUCACAACAUUUGGUCUAUCCGUGUAAGACAGAUAACUCUGGGGCUGACCACAGUAAAUAUUUACAGGAGGACAAGUCUAACCAGGUUCUUCUGCCUGCAAUUCACAAUAAGGUUUCUCAGCAGAAAACAUCUACUGGGACUGAGAACAUAAAUGGUGAACUUAAACCAAAAGCUAGGCGAAGGUGGGGACAUCUUGCUAGGCCAGUGAAGAAUUCUGAAGAGUGGGAUGACUUGGAAGACCUUGAUUUCAGCUCUUCUGUCACGAGGGUUGACUUGAAAAACAAGAAGAGGCAGGGUGAUGAAUCUGUUUGUAGAUUUGAGAGCAUUUUGGACCUGAAGCCUUUGGAUGCCGUUGGCUCCGGCAGCAGUGCACCUUCCCAUGCUAUCUUCCCACGGCAAGACACUCCCACACUGCAAGUUUCUGCAGCAAAGCAGCACUACCUGAGACAUUCUAGGUAUCUACCCGGAGUAAACACAAGAAAUAGCAUAGUCUCCGCUUCAAGCAAGGAGCCUGUUCCAUCUAAUCCCUGGCCCGGUUCUGGUUUGCCUGGAAAAGCUUCAGUUUUGGGAGGAAGUAUUAACAGGAUAAAUUCAGGUCCCAUAGGAUCGGGUGGUCUAACUGGUGGUUAUAUCCCUUCAUUUCUGAAGAAGGAAGUAGGCUCUGCUGGGCAGAGGGUUCAGUUAGCGCCGAUUGUGGAUCCAUCUUCAAAUUAUGCUUCUCUGAAGUCAGUGAGACCCCAGCUUGGACAGCCACCAUUCAAUUCACCUUCGAAAAGCACCCCGGGGCUGAUGGCUCUUCCACCCCCGGCUCAGCCCAUCCACGGCCGUGUUGACUGGUCUGCAAAGUACGGCGCUCACCGGUGACGCGUGCAGACACUCUCCCAGCGGUGCUUAUUUCCCCUGAGAUGGUGACUUAAUGUGUGACGAUUUUAUAUUGUUUUAUAGACUUGUAAAUUUAAAAGAAACAAAUCUUCUAUGGUCGAGACCUUUCCGAAGGUUAUUUCGGUUUUGUUUUUUUAACUUUUAUUUGUAUUCAUUUCAACGCAAUCUUGUACUUUUUUUUUGUAUGAAAUUUUGUUAUAUAAUUGGGUCCAAUUAUUUUCAUAAAUCUGAUACAUUUUGUAUAUAUGGCUUAGGGAUCUUGGCAUUUUUAUAUGAUAAAUUUUUAUAACAAACUUUUUUAAAUGGUAGCUUUUCCUUUAUGGGAUUCGACAUUUUUAUAAAAACGAGUUUUAAAAACAAAAAGCGAAGCGGUGCAAUAUUGCGAUGGAAGAGAAGAGCGAGGAAGGGGCAUUCAUUAGAUAUGUUCUAAAGCUUAUGCGCUAAGUGAGACUGUAUCAUUUCAGUGAUGCCACAUCUUGAUGCCACCCUACUGUUGCGUACUCGUUUGCUUUGUACAUCAAAGGAAUGAGUGAGCAACAGUGUAACCUCUGCUUUGCAGCCACUGAGAGAGACUGCUGGAAGUCCUAAGUCAGUGGGAAGCUUUUCUUUUUUUUUCUUUUUUGUAUUUAUUUUUUUUAACUUCACAAGGCUUUUGUUGGACUGCUGCCUGGCCUUCCAGUCCCAUUCUUUUGCUUUUACCAAAUCUGGGUAAUCUUGUUUUGUGAAGGAUAAUGGGUAGAUUUGUUUUCUGACACUGCUUGUUUGUCCUGCUUCAAAGUUACCUCUUGGUGUUGUUCACUAUGAAAGAGAAUGUGGACCUACCUCUCUUAAAUUUGUUGAAAUGUUUCCUAAUGACUAACAAGGAGAAACAUCAGGUUCUGUUUUUGUUGUUGUUGGAAUUGUAAGAUGCAAGAACAUGUUUAAGGCAGUACUGAGAGUUGCGAAGCUGGUUUCGUAGUAAAAAAGUAUUAGUGAGAUGCCACCAGCAGAGUUUAAGGAAACAGUAUCUAUGCAUUUGACUUAAUUUUUGUAACUGUUUUAAAUGACUUUGAAGGGGGAAAAAAACAUAAAUUUGGAGCAAAUGAAUAUGUUCAAGCUUCAGUUCUUCUUCAUUUCAACAUGUCUUCACUUGUGAUGUGAAGAGUAUGUCAGUUGCUGUAAAUUAGGCCCCCAGACUCUACUGGGUAAAAACGAGGCCUUAUGUCAUACUGCUAAAAACCAUUCAGUUUGAAGGAGAAAAUGAAUGAGCGCGUUCUAGACAAAGGAAGCUUGUUUCUGCACUGGAAGGGAGCGCCGCAGUUCGACUAUCAGCAAGUGGUUCAUUUUGGUCAUAGGCAGCAUUUGGCUGUUCUGGGGAAGCUGCACCCCGGAGUAGGCUGCUGGCUCAGUGCUGGGGGAACCGGGAGGGGCUCUGGUCACUGUUGGCCUUUACUGACUCAAUCCACAGUGAGUCCACAAGGCAGAAAGGACCAGAAGUGUCUAAGCAUUAAAGAAGUGCAUACAUAAGACUUGCACAUGCCAUGAAUGUGUCCAGCUACACCAGGCACUUGUUCUUAACAAGUGCUAGCAGCAAACAGUACCUAACUGCUUUCAUAGCAGUAAUGCCAGUGCGUAGCAAUGACCAUUCCAAUUCUAAACCACACGCUGAUGUUGUGUUUGAGUAAGUGGGAAGGGAAAUAUGUAUAUUUGUGUUAGAAACUGGAAAGAUAGUUGUUUCUUUUGGUGGAAAUAAAUAUCUGUAUUUAUGUCUAGAUGUCAUUUAAUUUAUUUUUUUGCUGAAUAAUCAAUUCAGGAGGAAAUAGCCUGAACCUGUCCUAAGUAUCCCUACACCCACGUAGGCAGUUUAUGUAAUCUGUUCCGUACAUACAAUUCCUAUGAAUGGAAGCAGGAGACAAGCCAUGAGAGCGGGCUGCUGAGGCUUGGGCUCAUCCUACCUAACCACACAUGCCUGAGCUUCUUCCAAAGCAGGGAGGAGUGAGAAUUGCCUCACAAGAAGUGCAGCUCACCUGAGGACUCCCCUGGAGAUGCCCAAGCCUCUCCCUGUCAACAGCGGGGACUGUUCCACAUGUUCAAAGUGGUACAGGAUGAAUAUGGACCUGGCCUGUGUAUAUGUGAGCCCCCAUCAGCCCAGCCCUGUUUUCUUGCAUAUAAUGUUCGGUCUUAGUCAGUCCAGCAAAAGUAUUAGAAAAUGUAGUAGUACACUUGUUACCACAACUCCUCCUUUCCUGAAUAAAAGCCUUUAUUUUGGAGGAAAAAAAGCCAAUAAUCUUGACAUUCAGAAUGACACCUGCUACUUUUAGCUUAGUGGGGUGGGAAAACUGCAAAAUGUUGCUAUUCUGGCAGCACUCUUGUAGCCUUUACACAAGCAAAUUCCCGUGGAAGUUGGGGAUGUUCUUUUUCAAUAAGGAUUAACCUGACUGAGCAAUGUGUUAUGUGCAGUGCGUCGGAGUGCAGUGCAGAGGGAAAAGCUGUCAGCCUGUUGGUUAUACUGAGAGCUGGACAAGCUGCAUAUCAGAGCAUUUGUCAUCGUAGCAUCCUACUUCGUGAUGUAAUGCUUAGCAGCGUCGUUACGCGAAACGUUGUUGGAAUUCUGCUGUUUACUUGUUCUCAGCCUUAAGCAUAACGUGUGGUAUUGACUUCUGGGAAUAAAGCGGCCCCAUUCACCCCUGCCAUCCAGAUCUUCCUAAGUCUUGUGUCAGUGCCACAAUAUUAGCCACAAAGCCAUGCAACCCGUGGUGUUUCUGUAUCUGGUAAGGCUGUUGGUGCAAAUGCGAUGUUUCAUAGAGAACUGUUUUGAACUUACAUGAAGAGCAUGGAAUUGUCAAAGUAAGAUCAUAAAGAAAUAAUGCUUCUUGUUUAUUCAGUGUUUUUAUUCAAAAAUGUUAUAAAUGUUUGUUUCAUUCCUUCUCUGUCAAGUCUCCUGCCCAGAAUAAAGUUACUCUUGAAGAAA